GGAGGGAGAGAGCUACAGCAGCACCGUCUCAUCUGCAGACUCCUUCAACUUAUCUGCGCAAAGUCAACACGGCACGGCUCGCUACGACACGUUACCAUGCGCACAAAUUUAUAGCAUCUUAUACAAGGGCUUUUUCAGUCACUUUUCCACUUUUUCUUCGCAUUUGUCCAACUUUUGCUCACCGUUAUUUUGCUCCAAAGUGACUUGAAGGGGUCUUAAGCUGAUCUCCUGCAUUGGAGACAAGCUUUGACUCCAGACUGCAGAGCCCGCUCAGUGCAAGGGAGAGAGGAGUUUUUCUGUAGUGUUUUCACUGCGCUGGAGUUGUAAAGAAGAAGUGGGAUAAUAAUGCGGCAGAGUAUGUGGUGUCGGACGCGGCUGCUGCAGUUGGCCGCGGUGCUUUUGGUGGCCGUGCGGUUUGGACGCGCGGCAGAAGCGGCAGACGCGGCGGCAGAACCAGUGGUGGAGGUCGGGCUAUUGAGGGUCGAUACUCCGGAGCCUGAGCCCGGGACCAAGCAGCCGAUUGCAGACUCGAGGGCCAGCAGAGCCAAGAGGCGCGGAGGCACGGAUGUCCUGAAAGGUCCAAAUGUUUGUGGGACGAGGAACAACGCCUUCUGCUGUCCCGGAUGGAAGACUCUGACCGGAGGAAACCAGUGCAUUGUUCCUAUCUGUCGUAGCUCCUGCGGCGAUGGCUUCUGCUCCAGACCCAACAUGUGCACCUGCCCCAACGGACAGAUCUCCCCGUCCUGUGGAUCCAAAUCCGUCCAGAACUGUAACAUCCGCUGCAUGAACGGAGGGACGUGUGCGGAGGACCACUGCUUGUGUCAGAAGGGCUACAUAGGAAACCACUGCGGCCAGCCUGUGUGUGAGAACGGCUGUCUGAACGGAGGGCGGUGUGUGGCUCCAAAUCGCUGCGUCUGCACCUACGGCUUCACCGGCGCUCAGUGCGAGAGAGACUACCGUACCGGGCCGUGCUUUGCCUCCGUGAACAACCAGAUGUGCCAGGGCCAGCUGACGGGCAUCGUGUGCACCAAGACGCUGUGUUGUGCCACGGUGGGACGGGCGUGGGGGCACCCGUGUGAGAUGUGCCCCGCCCAGCCGCACCCAUGUCGCCGAGGGUUCAUCCCAAAUCACCGCACCGGAGCAUGCCAAGAUGUGGACGAGUGCCAGGCCAUUCCCGGGCUGUGUCAGGGGGGGAACUGCAUCAACACCGUGGGCUCUUUUGAAUGCAAAUGUCCCGCCGGUCACAAGUUCAACGAAAUCACGCAAAAAUGUGAAGACUUGGACGAGUGCUCGAACAUCCCCGGGAUCUGCGGUGUGGGGGAGUGCUCCAACACAGUGGGCAGUUACUUCUGCAAGUGUCCCCAGGGCUACUACACGUCGGCGGACGGUUCCAGGUGCUUAGAUGCCCGUGGAGGCUAUUGUUUUGGCAGUGUUUUGAACGGACGGUGUGCCAACCAGAAUUCACAGCUGUUGACCAGAGUGCAGUGCUGCUGUGACUCUGGGCGCUGCUGGUCCGACGGGUCCACGCCCGAAAUGUGCCCCAUCCGAGGGUCAGAGGAGUAUCAGAAACUGUGCCUGCAGCUUCCUGACGUGGUGGCACCAGGUCGGGUGCCGGGGGUUCCAGAUGGUCCUGGGGUCUACCCGUACCCGGUGGGUCCACAUACUCCUGUGGGACCUGGUCAAAUUCCUGUGGGACCUGGACAGAUCCCUGUAGGUCCAGGACCGUAUCCAGUGGGUCCUGGUCAAAUCCCAAUCCAAGGCCCAGGACCAGGACAGUACCCACAAUUCCCAACACUACCUCUGCAGCCCCCGCCAGGUCCUGUUAUUAUCCAAACCCAGAACAUCACAAACAUGUGCCAGGCCUACAGGAACCUGUGUCUGAACGGCAGGUGCAUCCCUGUCCCCGGCUCCAUCGGGUACAGGUGCGAGUGUAACAUGGGCUUCAGGCUGGACGGGCGUGGGGAGUGCAUCGAUGAAGACGAGUGCGAGAGGAGUCCCUGUGUUCAUGGAGAAUGUGUGAACACCCCUGGGUCAUACAUCUGUCAGUGUCCAGUCGGAUUUCAGACCACGGCCACCAGGACUGAGUGCAGAGAUUUGGACGAGUGCGUGGCGAAUGGGCGCAUCUGUAACAACGGGCGCUGUGUGAACACUGAGGGGAGCUUCCACUGUGUGUGCAACGCCGGCUUCGAGAUCUCCACAGAUGGAAAGAACUGUCAAGACCAGGACGAGUGUCUGAUCCGAAACAUGUGCUUGAACGGCCUUUGCAUAAACGAGGAUGGGAGCUUCAAGUGCAUCUGUAAACCCGGAUACCUGUUGGACACGAGCGGGCGCAUGUGUGUCGAUAUUGACGAGUGCGAGUCGCCGGGGAUGUGUAUGAACGGACACUGUGUGAACACUGAGGGCUCCUUCAGGUGUGAGUGUAUGGCUGGGAUGGCAGUGGGCCUGGACGGGCGCAUCUGUGUCGACACACACAUGCGCAGCUCCUGUUACGGUGGAUAUAAGCGAGGCCAGUGUGUCAGACCGCUGUUUGGGGCAGUGACCAAGUCCGAGUGCUGCUGUGCCAACACAGAGUAUGCCUACGGAGAGCCGUGCCAGCCCUGCCCGCCACAGAGCUCUCCUGAGUUUUUGGCCUUGUGUCCCAACGGAGGAGGCAUCACUGGCGAUGGGAGAGAUAUUAAUGAGUGUGCUCUCGACCCUGACCUCUGCCAGAAUGGAGUGUGUGAGAACAUGAUGAGAACCUAUAAAUGCACCUGUAAUGAAGGUUUUGAGGUCGACCUGACAGGCAAAAACUGCAUAGACAUUGACGAGUGUUUGAUGAACCGGCGUCUGUGUGAGAACGGUCUGUGCAGAAACACUCCGGGCAGCUUCACCUGUCAGUGUCCCAAAGGAUAUCGCUUUGACCCCAACACCGACGUCUGUGAAGAUGUGGAUGAAUGCACGUCCAACCCCUGUAUCAAUGGAGACUGUAUGAACAGUCUGGGCUCCUUCGUCUGUCUCUGUUCUGCGGGUAGCACCCUGGACAACACCAAACUCGAGUGCAUAGAGACGACCAAAAGCACGUGUUGGCUGAAGAUCAUCAAUAAUCGCUGUGAGGUGAACAUCAACGGAGCCACACUCAAGUCCCAUUGUUGCUCGACGCUUGGAGAGGCCUGGGGCAGCCCCUGCGCCAAGUGUGAAAAAGAUCCCAUCUGUGGAAAAGGCUAUGCAAGAGUCAGAGGGAACAACUGUGAAGAUGUGGACGAGUGUCAGAUUUUCCCUGGCGUUUGCAUCAAUGGCAAAUGUGUGAACACCCAAGGGUCCUUCUUCUGCCAGUGCCCCCCGGGGAUGACUGUGGACGUGAGCGGCAGGAUGUGCAUCGACCUGCGGACCGAGCAUUGUUACCUGUCCCACGACGACGAGCGCUGCGCGGCCCCCAUCCCAGGGAAGCACCGCGUGGACGCCUGCUGCUGCUCGGUGGGCGUGGCCUGGGGUCCCGAGUGUGACGAGUGUCCGGAGAAAGGCAGUCCUCAGUACGUCCAGCUCUGCCCUAGAGGCCCCGGUUUCUCUCACCGUGGAGACUUCAUCAACGGACGGCCAUUUUUGAAAGAUAUAAAUGAGUGCAGAAUGAUCAGUACACUUUGCUCAAACGGGAGAUGCAGAAACACCAUCGGCAGCUUCAGAUGUCGCUGUGACAAUGGAUACGCUCUUGACUCAGACGAGAGGAACUGCACCGAUAUUGAUGAGUGCCGAAUUUCUCCGGAUCUUUGUGGUCAGGGCAGAUGCGUCAACACUCCAGGAGACUUCGAGUGUGAAUGCUUUGAAGGAUAUGAAAGCGGUUUUAUGAUGAUGAAAAACUGCAUGGACAUUGACGAGUGUGAGAGGAACCCCCUGCUGUGUCGAGGUGGAGACUGUGUGAACACCGAGGGCAGUUUCCAGUGUGUGUGCCCCGAAGGACACGAGAUCUCUCCGGACGGAUCUGCAUGUCUGGAUAUAAACGAGUGUGAGUUGAGCGACAGACUUUGUAAACACGGACAGUGUGUGAACAUGAUCGGACGAUACCAGUGCACCUGCGACACCGGAUACAAGUCCACGGAAAACAGACUCGAGUGUGUGGAUAUUGACGAGUGCACGAUUGAAAACGGAGGCUGUGAGUCGUUCUGCACAAACUCGGAGGGGAGCUAUGAAUGCAGCUGUAACAGUGGAUAUGCCCUGAUGCCCGACCUACGAAGCUGCACUGACAUUGAUGAGUGUGAGGACAGCCCGGACAUCUGUGACGGAGGCCAGUGCUCCAACACUCCAGGAACCUUCCAGUGUCUCUGCUUCGAUGGCUUCAUGGCCUCUGAGGACAUGAAGAGCUGCCUGGAUGUGAAUGAGUGCGAGCUGAAUCCCAACAUCUGUCUGAGCGGAAACUGUGAGAACACCAAAGGCUCCUUCAUCUGCCACUGUGAAAUGGGCUACUCCGUCCGCAAAGGCUCCACUGGGUGCACAGAUGUAAAUGAAUGUGAGAUUGGCGCUCAUAACUGCGAUCGACACGCCACCUGCACCAACACAGCGGGCAGCUUCAAGUGCCAGUGUGCCCCGGGAUGGGUGGGCAACGGCUUCAAGUGCUCAGAUCUGGACGAGUGCUCAAACGGGACUCACAUGUGCAACAACAACGCAGACUGUAUCAACACUUUGGGCUCGUACCGCUGUGCCUGUAAAGAGGGCUUCUCCGGAGACGGCUUCUUCUGCUCAGACAGCGAUGAGUGUGCGGAGAAUGGAAACCUGUGUGAGAACGGGCACUGUCUGAACAUGCCCGGAGGGUUCAGGUGUGAGUGUGACAUGGGCUUCAUCACCACUGAGGAUGGGAAAGCUUGUGAAGAUAUCGAUGAAUGCACCUUCGCUGACAUCUGUGUGAACGGGCGCUGUAGAAACAUCCCGGGGCUCUUCAGAUGUGAAUGUAACGUUGGAUAUGAGCUGGACCGGAGUGGAGGAAACUGCACAGAUAUAAACGAGUGUGCCGACCCGACCAUCUGUAUAAAUGGAGUCUGUGUGAACAUCCCUGGAAACUACCACUGUAACUGUCCCCCGGACUUCGAGCUUAACCCCACCCGGGUCGGCUGUGUGGAUACUCGGUCGGGCAGCUGUUUCCUGGACAUCCGUUCCCGUGGUGAUGGUUCCGAUAACUUCGCCUGCUCCAAUGAGAUCGGCGUGGGCGUGGCCAAGGCCUCCUGCUGCUGCUCUCAUGGCCGAGGCUGGGGAAACCCGUGUGAAUCCUGCCCCUCCGUCAACUCCACUGAGUACAAGACUCUAUGCCCGGGAGGAGAGGGCUUCCGGCCGAACCCCAUCACGGUGAUCCUGGAGGACAUAAACGAGUGCCAGGAGCUGCCCGGGCUGUGCCAGGGCGGGCAGUGCAUCAACACCUUUGGGAGCUUCCAGUGCGAGUGCCCACGAGGCUACGCCCUCAACCCCGAUACCAGGGUCUGUGAAGAUGUGGAUGAGUGUGAGAACUCGGGCAUCUGUGGCCCAGGUCAGUGCUACAACACCAUUGGGAACUACACCUGCGUCUGCCCUGUGGACUACAUGCAGGUCAAUGGAGGAAACAAUUGCAUGGACAUGAGGAAGAGUUACUGCUACAGGAACUUUUAUUCUUACAACCGCACAUGUGACGGAGAGCUGACGUUCAAUAUGACCAAGAAGAUGUGCUGCUGCUCCUACAACAUCGGCCGGGCCUGGAACAAGCCGUGUGAAGAGUGUCCUGUCCCCAGCACCAAUGAGUUUGCUGUUCUGUGCGGAAGUGAAAGACCUGGGUUUUACAUUGACAUCACAACUGGACGUGUGAUUGACAUCGACGAGUGCAGAGAGAUCCCUGGAGUUUGUGAAAAUGGCGUGUGCAUAAACAUGAUCGGCAGCUUCAGGUGUGAGUGUCCCCUCGGCUUCAUCUACAACGACAAACUGCUCAUCUGUGAAGAUAUCGAUGAGUGCCAGAACGGGCCGGUGUGCCAGCCAAACGCCGCCUGUCUGAACAUGCCCGGGAGCUUCAGGUGCGAGUGUAAACCCGGGUAUCGCUUCACUCCCACCGGGCAGUGUCUGGAUCGUAAUGAAUGCAACGAGAACCCCGGAGUAUGUAACCCAGGCCAGUGCAUAGACACAUUAGGAAGUUACCGCUGCAUCUGCCCCAAUGGCUUCAAAACCACCAGGGACCAGUCCAUGUGUGUGGACAUGGACGAGUGUGAGAGACAGCCGUGUGGAAACGGCACCUGCAAAAACACAGUGGGCUCCUACAACUGUCUGUGUUACCCCGGCUUCAUCAACUCACACAACAGCGACUGCGUGGAUGUGGAUGAGUGCUCGACUCAGAGAGGCCUGUGCAGACACGGUCAGUGUGAGAACACAGUGGGAGGAUACUUCUGUGUCUGUAACGAUGGAUACGAACUCUCUCUGGAUGGCAGGGCAUGUACAGAUAUAAACGAGUGUCUGGUGAACCCUGGGACCUGUGGAGCUGGCACAUGUGUGAACCUGGACGGAUCGUACCGGUGCAUUUGCCCCAUCGGAUACUACCUCCACGAGGAGACCUGUGAAGACAUUGACGAGUGCUCCCAGUCUCCUGAAAUGUGUUUGUUUGGGACCUGCUCCAACACUGAGGGCAGCUUCACCUGUGAGUGCCCCGAUGGAUUCAAGCUGUCCUCAUCCGGCCGAAGGUGUCUAGACGUGCGCGUGGCCUACUGCUACACUAAGUUUGAGAACAGCCGCUGUACGACUCCAAAGGCCCAGAACACGUCGAAGGCCGAAUGCUGCUGCACCGCCAUGGCCGGACAGGGCUGGGGCAACCCCUGUGAACUCUGCCCCACCAAGGCUGACAAAGAGUCUUACAUUCUGCUGUGUCCCAAUGAGGGCUAUCAGCAAGGGCCGGAUAACCCUGUAGAUAUCGAUGAGUGUCUGAAUAACCCGUGUGUGAACGGUCAGUGCAUAAACACAGACGGAGCGUUCCGCUGUGAGUGUCCCAUUGGAUACAGCCUGGACCACAACGGGGUCAUCUGUGAGGACACCAAUGAGUGUGACGUUGGUAAUCCCUGCGGAAACGGCACAUGCACAAACGUGAUUGGAGGGUUUGAGUGUGCGUGCGACGAAGGGUUCGAGCCUGGCCCCAUGAUGACCUGUGAAGACAUCAAUGAAUGCGCCCAGAACCCGCUGCUGUGUGCCUUCCGCUGUGUCAACGUCAUCGGCUCUUAUGAGUGUAAAUGUCCCACCGGAUACGUCCUGCGGGAGGACAAGAGGAUGUGCAGAGAUCAGAACGAGUGUGAGGACCGUGUAGACGACUGUGGGAGCCGAGGCAUGACCUGUAAGAACCUGAUCGGGACCUACAUGUGCAUCUGUCCUCCAGGAUUAACGAGACAGCCGGGAGGAGACGGCUGCACCGACCUGAACGAGUGCACGGCCAAACCAGGCAUCUGUAAAAAUGGCCGCUGUGAGAACACAGUGGGAAGUUAUCGCUGUAAAUGUGACCAAGGAUACAACCCCAACCCCACACAGACAGAGUGUAUCGAUAACCGUGAGGGCUUCUGCUUCACUGAGGUUUUGACCACACUGUGCCAGAUGACCUCCAGCAACAGGGUCCAGGUCACCAAGUCUGAGUGCUGCUGUGACGGGGGCAGAGGCUGGGGCAACAACUGUGAGCUCUGCCCCCUCCCUGGAACCACACAGUACAAGAAGAUGUGCCCGCAAGGUCCUGGGUUCACCACGGAUGGCAGAGAUAUUGAUGAGUGUCGAGUGAUGGGAAACCUGUGCAAGAAUGGCCAGUGCCUCAACACUGGGGGCUCCUACAGAUGCGUCUGCAAUCCGGGCUACACCGUAGACAUCACCGAGACGCAGUGUGUGGAUGUGGACGAGUGUAUCCAGGCUCCUAAACCGUGUAACUUCAUCUGUAAGAACACAGAGGGAGGAUAUCAGUGCUCCUGUCCUCGAGGAUACAUCCUGCAGGAGGACAACAAGAGCUGUAGAGAUCUGGACGAAUGCUCAACGAAGCAGCACUACUGUCAGUUCCUGUGCGUGAACACGAUCGGAGGCUUCACCUGUAAAUGUCCCCCAGGAUUCACCCAGCACCACACAUCCUGCAUCGAUAAUAAUGAAUGUGCCUCUGACCCAAAUCUGUGCGGAUCCAACGGCGUCUGCCAGAACACUCCGGGAAGCUUCAACUGUGACUGUCAGCGCGGAUUCACCCUGGACCCCAACGGACAGGGCUGUGAAGACAUGGACGAGUGCAGCGGGAAUCACAGAUGUCAGCACGGAUGUCAGAAUCUGGUGGGAGGCUUCCGCUGCAGCUGCCCUCAGGGAUACCUCCAGCACUACCAGUGGAACCAGUGUGUGGAUGAGAAUGAGUGCCUGAAUACGCAAAUCUGUGGCGGAGCUUCGUGCCAUAACACUUUGGGGAGUUUCCGUUGCCUCUGUCCCACCGGCUUCAACUACGAGCAGAUGUCUGGAAGCUGCAGCGACGUGAACGAGUGCUCCACCUCCACAAACCCAUGCAAGUUUGGCUGCUCCAACACAGAAGGGGGCUACCUGUGCGGAUGUCCAACGGGGUUCUUCAGAGCUGGACAAGGACACUGUGUCUCUGGGCUGGGUCUCUCUGGUGGGGUCUCCGCUCCGGGACAGGAGGGUGAAGAGGACGAGAACUCUCUGUCUCCUGAGGCCUGCUACGAGUGUAAGAUCAACGGGUAUCCAAAGAAGGGACGCCAACGCCGCAGCACCAACUCCACAGAGGACCAGCUGGACAAUGAGUUACCAGAGCUCGAGCCGUUGAGCUUGGCCAGCGUGGACGUGGACGACGUUCUUCAGUUCCACUUGAAUAUCAGCGACUUGACAAACAGGGCUCACAUCCUGGAGUUCACCCCCGCGCUCUCCACCCUUUACGACCACGUGCGCUACAGCAUCGACUACGGCAACGAAGACGGAUUUUUCAGGAUCAACCAGCGAGACGGAAUCAGCUUCCUACACCUAUCCAAGAAAAAGUCUCUCUUCCCUGGGGCCUACACGCUCCAAAUCAGCAGCGUUCCUCUGUUCAAGAAGACAGAGCUAGCUGAGUUUGAAGAUCGCCAUGAUAAAGACUACCUCACUGGACAACUUGGCGACGGACUAAAGAUGAGAGUGCAAAUUAUCCUGCAUUAACCUUACAAGGGGACAGAAAUGCAGAAAUCGCCAACAGUCGCUAGCCCAAAGAAACAUUUUUUUUAAACGAAAUCGCCAAAGUUAAUGUCCGUAAAAUUCGUGGGACAUUUUGCUUUGCAUCGACAGGGAAGAGCUUUCCACCAAAAAAAAAGACUAAAUAAUAUAGUUUUUGUUUUGUUUUGUGAAGAAGGACUGCAUCAUAACAUCGCCAAAGAUGAUUCCACAUAUACGAGCGAUUCGAGAGGCAAUCAAGCUGAAAAUUAUGGCAUUUUUUUAAAUCGAAAAAACAGCGGUUGCCCGAUUGAGCGGUUAUAUGUGGAAUCGAUGCGACUUUUUGAAAAGGCAUACGGACUGCAAGGUUGAGUUUUCAGCCUGUUUUGAGAAUCACAGUAGUCUAAUAAUUUUUUUUUCUCUCCUCUCGUGAUGGACUGAACAUACCUGGAUACAUGUAGGCCUUCUUUGCGUAUUAAUUUAAUGGUAGAAAUGUUUUUAAAAAAAGGGGAGGAAAGGAACGCACUAUGGACUAUUGAGGUGUAGCCAUGAUUGAGCUUGAAUGUCUCCUGCUGCGUAUUUAAAACUUGCUUUCCAAUCUUCUUCUACUGACCAGGAAUAGCUCAUAUUAACUGGUGCUAGCAACAAUGCCAUGCAGACUUAUGAAUGCACUGUUCUUUAUGCACAUGUGGUCAAAAUACAAUCCGAUUAUUCGCCAAUUUAGGAAAACUUUUCAUUGUCGUAGCAACCGUAACAGCUAGCUUCAUCGCCUAUCUGCUCUUUCUAUGUAAAUUGUUUAUACUGUAAUACUCAAUGCCACUUUUAAUCUAUGAAGAAUUGUAAACUAAAAGGAGGUCCUUUUGAAUAGAGGGCUUUGUAAUGGUGCUUAUAAGACCAACUACUUCCUUUUUAAACUGUGUAAACAUGCACACACACAAAGAUACACAAACAUGGAUGAUGACAAUCUUUAUGAAUGAGAUUGAUGCACUGAGGUCUACCAAGGACCAAACAAUCUCCCACAAUUCAGUGCUGCCUUUCCCCAGACCCGCCUGACACCGGCCCGUCUGUGGGGUUAGUUGUACAUUCACAAUAAAACAUACUUUUGGUCUAAA